UUUUCCAUACUAACGUUUUGUGGCUAUAACCCGACAAGGACGCGGGCAUAAGGACGACGUCCCUGUGAUGCAGAUAAGUGAAAAAGUCGUCUGUAUCCUAGUGGAAUGCCAAUUAAGCCGCUCAAGGUGCACGAGCAGAUCCCGGAGGCCGCUCUGUGGUCGAUCUGCGCCGCGUCCUGCAGUGACGAACGCGCGCGCUGCUCUGGGACCUGACGUGGUGGCACUGGGGGACGAGCCGGGAAUUAGCGCUGCUUUCUGAGGCGGCAGCCGCCUCGGGAAAAGCGGGAACCUGCAGCUGCGCGGCCGCGUAAUCCCAAAAUUAAAAGCGCUGCAGACUUCCGGAAUUAAACUGUGUAGGAGCAAACGUGCGGUCUGUUCAACGUGAUGCCACUUAACUUGUUUACUGAGCCUUAAAUCGAUUCAUUUCUGACAUUAAUGUUACAACGCGAUAAUCAAAAAGGACUCAGGUUGACUGUGACUAAAAAGUCUGCAUGGUUCGUAUCUGCAGUUAGACGCAAGUGGAAGUGUUUAUUUUGUAUAGAUUUGUCGCAGCGGCACCUUUGCCACAGUUUUCCUUCCAGUGUGUUACUAAGGAGAUACGACGCUGCAGCUGAACUCUGGCUCGACGGGCUUUUGUGUAGGCCUGUAUUAAACUGGAGGCGAGGUGGAAACAGGGGGCGCGUCUCUAACUGGUUUCAGUGAGUGAUCUGUCCCUCACCAGACUACAUCUCCUCUAAGAUGUCCCAGUCCACCGUUACUGAGGAAGGAGGCAACUUUGAGCACCUGUGGAGCUCCCUGGAGCCCGACAGCACCUACUUUGAGCUCCCCCAGGGCAGCCAGCCAGGUGAGCGGUCCAUGCCGUCUACCUGCACCCCAGGGGGCCACCACAGCCCUGCUGACGUAUCCAUGGAUGUCUACCACAUGAGGGACAUGAACGACAAUGUGAUGUCCCAGUACAACUUGCUGAGCAGCAGCAUGGAGAGCCUGGGGAGCCGCGCCACGUCCGACAGCCCCUACAGCUCCGAGAACGCCUCCUCAUCGGCCGUGCCCACCCCCUCUCCCUACUCCCAGCCCAACUCCACCUUCGAGGGCCUGUCGCCUGCCCCGGCUAUCCCCUCCAACACCGACUACCCGGGGCCGCACGCCUUCCAGGUUUCCUUCCAGCAAUCCAGCACCGCCAAGUCAGCCACAUGGACUUACUCUCCUCUGCUGAAGAAGCUCUACUGUCAGAUUGCCAAAACCUGUCCAAUUCAGAUCAAGCUGUCCACCUCUCCACCUCAUGGCAGCAUCAUCAGAGCCAUGCCCAUCUACAAAAAGGCAGAGCACGUCACGGAAGUGGUCAAACGCUGCCCCAACCACGAGCUGGGGCGAGACUUCAAUGAUGGCCAGUCAGCUCCAGCCAGUCACCUGAUUCGAGUGGAGGGGAAUAACCUCAGUCAGUAUGUGGACGACCCCGUCACUGGCCGGCAGAGCGUCUUUGUGCCCUAUGAGACGCCACAGGUGGGAACGGAGUUUACCACCAUCCUCUAUAACUUUAUGUGCAACAGCAGUUGUGUGGGAGGGAUGAACAGGAGACCCAUCCUCAUCAUAAUCACUUUAGAGACCAGAGAUGGCCAAGUGUUGGGUAGAAGGUCAUUUGAAGGUCGGAUAUGUGCGUGUCCGGGCCGAGACCGCAAAGCGGAUGAGGACCACUUCAGGGAGCAGCAGGCUCUGAAUGAGAGCGUGGCCAAAAACGGCAGUGCCAAUAAACGCAACUUUAAACAGAAUCCACCAAAUAUUCCAAAUCCAAAUAUCAACAUGAGGAAGAGGAGGCAUGGAGAGGAAGAGAUUUACUAUAUUCCUGUGCGCGGUCGGGAGAACUUUGAGCUGCUGAUGAAAAUUAAAGACAGCUUGGAGCUAGUGGAGUUGGUGCCACAGCCACUGGUGGAGUCCUACAGGCAACAAACACAGCAGCAGCUACUGCAGAGACCGAGCCAAAUAGCUUCACCCUCCUCCUACUCGCCACUGUCCAACAUGCACAAGCUCCAUGGCCACGGAGGCCUCAACAAGGUCCCCUCAGUCAACCAGCUGGUGGGGCAGCAGCCUCAGCAACACUCUACUGCCCCCACCUCCAUAGGUCAUAUGGGUUCAAAUAUGCUCGGCAGCCACCACAUGCAGACCAAUGGUGACAUGAACGGUGGCCACAGCAGUCAGACUAUAGUGUCUGCUUCCCACUGCAGCCCGCCCCCUCCGUAUAAUCCUGACCCCAGCCUUGUCAGUUUUCUAACCAGUCUGGGCUGUCAGAACUUCAUUGAGUACUUCACCUCCCAAGGCCUUCUGUCUGUCUACCAUCUACAGACCCUCUCCAUGGAGGAUUUAGGCGCAUUGAAGAUACCAGAGCAGUCUCGUCAUGCCAUUUGGCGAGGCCUGCAGGACAUGAAACAAGGUGCUCCUCUUCAGUUGCCUGCAUCUACUCAUCACCAUGACUACCACAGCCAGCAGCUCCUUCGCUCCAGUAGCAACAUGACUGCCUCUGCCAUGGCAGCCAUUGGGGCUGCAGGGGGUGAGCUGCAACGCCAGCGUGUCAUGGAAGCUGUGCACUUUCGUGUACGACAUACUAUCACCAUCCCAAACAGGUCAGGGGUUGUUGGGGCAACGGGGAUGGCAGCAGCCACUGAUGAGUGGGCUGACUUUGGCUUUGACAUGCCUGACUGCAAGGUAUCGCGCAGCAAGCAUUCUAUUAAAGAGGAAUUCAUGGAAAGUGAUGUUCACUGAGAAAAUAAUCUUGAACUGUUUUGCCAAUCUUGUUGUCCGUACUUACAAAGUAAAGGUAAGUGGAUAUUGUUUUUAGACGUUGCUCUCAUUAAUCAAUAAUUUUGCAUAGAUUGUGACUCCGGGGCUAAGAACAUCUUAAGACCCCAUAGUAAAGACCGCUGUGACAAUAGCAUAGUCCUGUUCACAUGGCUCACAUGGCUUGAACUGACAAGUGAGAAUUCAAAAAGUAAUAAUGUGCACAAAAACAUUUUACUUUAAUAGUAUCUCAUCUGACAUUUAUUGUAGAAACAAUACAGAAAGUGUAAAAUCAUGUGUAACAUUUUACAUAAAAUUAGUUCACUCAUGCGUUA